AAGGGGGCGUGGCUUAUGGGCCCUGGCGGUCACGACCCCUUUCCCCUCCGCUGUCGUCUUUUCAAAACAUUCAAGAUGGCGGCGCUUCGGGCCAACAGCGUGCGCACCGCGGCGGCAGCCCUUCUACGGCCUCGCCCGGGCCCGGCCUCCACCUCCCUGGCCGCGGGCUACCACGAGAAGGUCGUGGACCAUUACGAAAACCCCCGGAACGUGGGCUCGCUGGACAAGAGCGCCAAGAACGUGGGCACUGGCCUGGUGGGCGCCCCGGCUUGCGGCGACGUCAUGAAGCUACAGGUCGAGGUGGACGAAAACGGCAAAAUCAUCGACGCCCGCUUUAAGACGUUUGGCUGUGGGUCGGCCAUUGCUUCCAGUUCUUUGGCAACCGAGUGGGUGAAGGGCAAGACGGUUGACGAAGCCUUGAAGAUCAGGAACACAGACAUUGCCAAGGAGCUCUGCCUUCCGCCGGUCAAGUUGCACUGCUCUAUGCUGGCCGAGGACGCCAUUAAGGCCGCUUUGGCCGAUUACAAGCUGAAGCAAGGACCGAAAGGGCCCGAGCCGAAGCAGAACGCGGCCAACGCGUAGAAGCCUUCCUCUCCUCCCUUCCGACCCUCUUGGGAUGAUUCCCCCGUGCUUUCCACCGUCGGGAGCCGUGGCGUGCAUUUCCGCGUCUCAUUUCCGCACAACCGCGGGAGUGCGCUCCACUCAUCUUGCUUCCCCUCAGUCUCAUUUGCUUCCACGUUCCCCCCCCCCCUCUCCUUUCUUGGUCUCGGGAUGAUCUUCUCUCUCGUCUUCCGGAGCGAGGAAACGAGCGAGGCCUCGUUUUCCAAGCCUUUGGUUUCUGAACCGGGAAAUGGCCAGAGGGAUCUGCGGGGCUUUAUUCCCUGCUGCCUUCCUCCAGGGAUCUUCCCAUUGCCCCGAACCAGAAGUCUCACCGUCUCUUUUCUCCCUGUCUUCCGCAUUCGGACAUCACAAAAUAAAUCCAACGCCUUGGCCACACCGUUAA